CACUUCUACUUAUUGCCUAGUUCAACAGUGCAGCUGAAAAAAAACAGGCUCUAUGACAACGCGUGAUAGCGACACGGUUAUCGAAUAUCUGUCACGAAUACGAUUUGCGGUAUCUACUUAGGGCAUGUAGGUAACGUGUCAUGGUAAUUUGUUGGAAAUCGAUGUGUGAUUUCUGUUAACUAGUACAAGAUGAAACCAAAGAUGACCAUUUUGAGCUUGUUCGUAUUCUUUUUCCUCACAACGUCAGCCAGUGAGGUUCAGAAUACACCAAAAAAGAAAUCAUGGCGUGACAAGGACAUACGGGAUAUGACAGAAGCAGAUCUAGAACAUUUAUUGGAUCAGUGGGAAGAAAAUGAAGAACCUUUAGAACCAGAUGAAUUGCCAGAGCACUUACGGCCCAGUCCGAAAAUAGACUUAUCUAAGAUAGAUACUACAAAUCCAGAUAACUUGCUGAGAGCAACGAAAAAGGGAAAAGGUGUUAUGAUGUUUGUGGAUAUAAGGCCAGAUAUUUCAGACGAACAGGCUGAUGUUGUAAUGCGUAUUUGGCAGACCAGUUUGCAAAAUAAUCAUAUCAUUGCUGAGAGAUAUCCAAUCGAUACUAGACGGUCAAUAUAUAUGUUCCGUGAAGGAUCUCAGGCCGUUGAUGCUAAAAAUUAUUUGUUGGAACAACCUGAACUAUCUCACCUCACUCUAGAAGGGCAGACUUAUUACAGGGAUCUGCAACAACAGGCUGCAGCCGAUGAGUCAAUAAAGAAACAGAAUGCGAAACGAAGCAAGGUCGAUUUGUAACAUCGCAUGCUUGAUAUUUCCGCGUAAGCAUUUCUCUCUUUCUCUCUUUCUCUCUCUCUCUCUCAAACGUUUCUACUUAUACACUUUUAUAUAGAUAUUUCUUUCGGACAAUAUUUUCUCGACAUUUGUUAGCGAUACGAUUGUUUUUAUAAAGCACGAUGUUAUAUACGCAUCCACUAGAACAUAUGGAUUAAAUAAAAUCGCUCUUAUAUAUACUA